AUGGGUGCGACCGAGGCAGCUGGAACGGCUGUGGCUAAAACAUCAGAUGGCCGCUUUUAUUCAGAAGCACCCAUACCCGUUUCAGAGGUCUCCGCAUCACAAGAGGAACCAGCGGCCGCAAAGGAGAACUCUUAUCAAGCAAAUGACGUCUCCGGUAUCGACGGAGACGUGCCUGUCACAUCCAAUGAUGUCACAGUGGGUGACGCCCUCGUUCAGGAACAGGCACACGAAGCGCACGAAAAAGGACUCGUG